AGUCAAAGGAAAUCUAGAUUUAUGGUUUUGAGAAACAUCCCGAUAACUUUUGAUUAAAUUAUAAUUAAAAAAUCCAAAACCUUUCAUCUAAUGCCAACAUCUGUGGAUGGAUGACACCAGUGUGAGCUUCAUAGCUACGAAGGAGAUCAACGACAUUUUUAAAAGAGAUUGAGAGUGAUGACAGAGUGCGUGUGUGAAUGUCUGUGGUGUAUUUUGGGAGAUGGUGAGGGGAAGGGGGUUGAAUUUUUUGUCGCCAUGGGGACAGGAGGGGCUGACAUUUGAAGUUUAUCUCAUACACACGCAGUGCUGCCGUGGACUCGCUGGAAGCACAGUGGUACAAAGAUGAAGCCGACACUUAUAGCCGUCUUGUGUCUACCUCUUCUCGUCAUUCACAUUAACCCUUCACUGGCUGCCAAAAGAGGAAAGUUUCCUCAGAUAAUGAAUGUUUUUAAGAAGCCUUCAAAAACAAAACCUAAUCUGGACACUAAGUCUAAGACCCAACAACCCACACAGUUCAACCAAGGAGGGUACCCUCAACAACCGAGCAGACCAGGAGGCUACCCCAACACAGGAGGUUACCCUCAACAACCAAGCAGACCAGGAGGAUACCCUUACCAAGGAGGUUACCCUCAACAACCAGGCAGACCAGGAGGAUACCCUUACCAAAGUGGGUACCCUAAUCAAGGAUUCUACCCAGGGUAUCCAGGACAUCAAGCUGGUGCUUACCCAGCACCGGGCUACCCAUACAGGGGCAGUUAUGGGGGUUAUCCAGGUGGAUACAUAAACAACAACCCAAACAACAAAAUCCUAAGUCCUCACUAUGCCGGCAGCUUUGGGUAUGGGGGUUAUGGUGCUGGUGGCGGCUCUCCCUUCUCAAACUAUGCAAAGGCACAGGGCUUUGUUCCCUCUGAUAAAUCCAAAGGUUUUGGUCGCAGAGCAGCAAUGGCAGCAGCUGGAGGCGCUCUGACAGGAAUGGCCCUGGGCUACGGGUUAGGACGGUUCCCCCGUCCUCACUUUGACUUCCACAGCCCCCGGGAGGAGUAUUACUACAACUACUACAUGUACAGGAAGUAUGGUAUUAGAUCUACUGAUACAAAUGACUUCAGCAGAGAUUACGAAUACAUUCAAGAUGACGUAACAUUUGAUAGUUUCAUGAAGUCCUGCAUGAAUAGGGCAGAUCUUCUCCCUGUAAAGAAUCGAAAACCAAACCUCAAACCAGCUGCGACUACAUCUAAACCCCCCACAGCUGCUACUGUGAACUCCACCACAGCAUCAAUUACUGCUGCUCUUGGCACUGCCAGCAGCACCACAAGUAACAGCACCGCAACGAAAAACUCCUCAACCGAUUCCCCUGCAACUCCUCACCCUCUGAAUAAGUCUGAAGUCAAUCCUGCACCUGCAGCUUCACAGCUUCUCCAAACUGAUGAUGAUGACACAGUGAGCAUUGUGGAGAUUGGUUACCCAGCACUGAUCACACAGGUUAAACUCAAGAGGUGCAUCGAACUUUACAUCGUCAAUGAUGAAAGGAACUUGAAGAAGAAGACCAAACUUAAAAGCAGCAGUGGGGCGCAAAGACUGGAGACAGAUGUGCGAGAGCUUUUCUCCAUCAUCACCAGCAUUAUAGUGAUACUGCAAACACAGCUGCACUAAAGCCUUCUUUACACAGAGAAACCUGUAUGAUGUGUCGCUCAUUUGGUUUUUGAUCUGACCAAAUGAGUCUGCGAUGAAACACUCACUACCCACAUGCAACACUUUCACAGCCCACCAGGGGGCAGCAUAGCAGACUUUUAUGAUCCCUGGUUUUUGUAUAUGUUUGCACACACUAGAAAUGCAAUCAAACUCUAGAUGUUUGGUUUUGAGAAACAUCUCAAUGAGUUUGGAGUAAAUUAUAAUCAACAAAUGUAAAAGUUUUCAUCUAAUGAUUGACUUUGGGUCAUAAACUGUGCAUGAAUGACAUCAGCCUGAGCUGAACUAGCUGAGUAGAGUAUGCUUUAACUAAGAUUGUAAAUAAGUUAAAGUUUCUAAGCAUGUCAGCAUGCUAGAAGCAGGAUGAAGCUGAAAACACUAGUGUGAGCUGCAGAUGGACUCUCAUUGUAUUUACUGAAGAAAGCUGAUUGGUAUCAGCCCUAAAGAUGAUCCAUUCUGAUCUAUUAAUAUAUGAUGGAGUCAAAUAUGUCAAAGUCAAAAAUUUUCCAAAGUCAUGCAAUGGUCGGAUUGGAGUCUUCACUGGACUAAUUCUGGCCAAGGGGCCUUAUGUUUGACACCACUGCAAUAAACAGUAACCUCGUGAGAUUGAA